AUGUUUUCGUUAAAUUUAUAUGAUAAUGAUUUGUUGGCUUGCUAUAUGUCGCUGGACAACUCAAGGUUGUAUUUUGAAGGUUUACCGACAACACUACCUGCGAAAAAAGCUAAGGAGAUAAUAACAACACUUUUUAAUGGUGAUGCAGAGGUGCUAAUCUUUCCAAACCCAUGUGAUGACGAAAAAAAUCUCGGUGUAGGCUUCGUCAAAUUUGCCACCCAUCGAAAGGCUGCGGAUGUUCGCAAAUUACUUUGGCCGUCAAGGAUUUCGAUUAUGGGAUCUAAUUUGUUCUUUGAAUGGGCGUGCCCAUUACCCGACUUCAACCAGGAUUUUGUGGUUCUUGUUCUGCAUUUAACAAAUAAAAUUGGGAAUAAUGACUUCAUAAAAUUUGUAACGAAUGAAGAGAAAUGCAUUUGUAACAUCACAAAACAUGAAACGUUUGCGACAAUUCAAUUCAUGUCAAGAAUAGAUGCUAUAAGAUGUGAAAAAAGUUUAUAUGGUAAGCUUUUGGAUGGUGUGGAAAUCAAACCAAUUUUCCUUGAUAACACCAAAUAUAAAGGACGAUUCAUUGCAAAUAUCAUAUUGUUUCUACAAUGGGGUGCUUUUGAUCCAAAAACUUUAGAUAUUUCCAGCCGUGAUGAUUUUUGUAAUAGUACUCUUCUAAAAUUAUCAUCGUAUAUGGACCAUCACCUUCGUAAAACAAACAAACCGAAGUAA